AUGAUUCAAAUUCCAGUGAAGCUAGCUCUAUUCAACAAAAUGUGCGUAAACGUACAAGACCUACAUCAAGCAGAUGAUUCUGACGUAGCAGUGGACGAAUGGAAUUGGAAAGAAAAAGAAAAUUUACUGAAACUUCCAGUAUCAAUCCUCUGUGUGUUGUAAAACAAGUUUUAUGUGACGAUUUUUUUGAAAUGAUAGUCAGAGAAACAAAUAGAUAUGCAGCUCAAAUGAGAAUAGAACAGAAUACGAAAGUGAACGAAGAGUGA